ACUUCACUGGCUAGGGCACGUAUUGCGUAUGCCCAAAUUCCGUCUACCACAUCGCGCCUUAUUCGCUGUAGCCGCUCCCGGCUGGAGGAAACCACCUGGAGUUCAACAGAUGACGUGGGGACAAGGGAUAAAGAAAUUUACAGAGUAAUUAGACAGAAUAGGCGAUAUGGCAGGGAACCGACAGCAGUGGCGUUGUUGUUGUCAUCUCUUAUCAAGCCAAAGUGCUUGAAACGGUAUUUAUGCAAAUUGAAGUUCGCUUCGCUAAUUGUAGAUGCGGCUUUUCAUUUUCUUCUUGUGUGGUACUACUGCACAUUGACAAUUCGUGAACGCAUUUUGAUCGCAAACGGAUCGCGUAUUAAAGGCUGGUGGAACAUUUACCACUUCAUAUCAACUGCUUGUUUGUAUAUUGGAACGUUGUCAUUCGAAUUGGGGCUCGUUGUCGAACAUAAUGCGAUUAUCGUCUUUUUAUGCAUCAAUGUGCGCGAUAUUCGCCUGUCCUUCCUCGUGCCUGUCCAUCUCGCUAGUGUGACGUUGGGUCGAUCCAACUAG